AAUCCAUAUUCUUCCCCGGACUCAGAGCAACCCCAAUGCGGAUAAGCAGACUCAACUCACUCUCCAUCUGAAUCAAAUUCAAUCACCAAUGGCUUCCUCAACUUCUCUCUCAUUCUUCUCCUCUUCAAUCUUCCUCUCUUCAUCUCACAACAUAACUCCCAAAAUUUCAAUAUCUUUCAAUAAACCAAAAUUCUUCCUCAAAAAUUCCGUUUCCAAACCUCUCAUUAUCUCCUCCCAGCUCGCCACGCUCCCUGUUUUAUCCUUCACUGGCGAAAAAAUCGGCGAGACAUUUCUCGACCUUAAGUCAGCCACACCGGACACCGCACGUGCCGUGGUUCACCGCGGAUUAAUCACUGAUAUGCAAAACAAGCGACGUGGCACCGCGUCUACUCUCACGCGCGGUGAAGUCCGCGGUGGCGGUAAGAAACCCUACCCUCAAAAGAAAACUGGCCGGGCACGUCGCGGGUCUCAGCGGACCCCACUUCGGCCCGGUGGAGGCGUGAUAUUUGGGCCGAAGCCCAAGGACUGGUCGAUUAAAAUAAAUAAGAAGGAGAAACGGUUAGCGAUAUCGACGGCGUUAGCUAGCGCGGCAGAGAACACGAUAGUGGUUGAGGAGUUUAAUGAGAAGUUUGAGCGGCCGAAGACGAAGGAGUUUAUAGAGGCGAUGAAGAGGUGGGGUUUAGAUCCAAAAGUGAAGUCGACGUUUUUGAUGAUGGAGGUUAGUGAAAAUGUGGAGAAAUCGAGCAGGAAUAUCGGGACAUUGAAGAUGUUGACUCCGAGGACGUUAAAUUUGUUUGACAUUUUGGAUGCGGAGACGCUGGUGCUGACUCCUUCAGCGGUUGAUUUCUUGAACGGAAGGUAUGGGGUCGAGUAUGAAGGAGAAGAUGAAGAUGAAGAUGAAGAUGAAGGAGAAGAGAAUGAAGGAAGUGAGGCAGAUGAGGAAUCAGAUGCUACAGAGUGAUGGUGAUAGCGAUGGUGUAGAGUGUUGUAGCAAGGUUUUCUUUGAUUGAUCUAAAAUCAUUUUAUACUUAUGCACUUGAGCCCAAUGAGAGCUUCUAAUUGCCCAAGUCCACAAUUGUGCAAUUUGGCCGCUGCCUGGUUUUGUUAUUUUAUUUUUUGUGAAUCAUUUUUGUAUUGAUUGAGCACACCUUUCUUUAAAAUGUAUGAAAAUGCAUCUAGUUAGAUCA